CUGGUUUCCGGCCGGGGCCGUGCCCUCUGACCCGGACGUGACGUGUGCUUGUUAUGGCAGCGGUUGGAAUGGAGCAGCUGAAGGCCGAGAUCGCCAGAAAGCGGAAACUCCUGGAGGAGAGGGUGCUGCCGGGGGAAUCAAAAAAGUUCUUCAAACGUAGUGACCUUGCCAAGAAAGAAGAAGAGGCAUAUUUAGAAAGAUGUGGUUACAAGGUGCAACCAAAAACAAAUGAAGAAGAUGCUUCUUCUUCAAACCCAGUGCUUGAACUCGAACUUGCAGAAGAGAAAUUACCUAUGACCCUUUCCAGGCAAGAGGUUAUCCGAAGGCUACGUGAAAGAGGAGAACCAAUUCGAUUGUUUGCUGAAACAGACUAUGAAGCCUUUCAACGUCUUCGAAAAAUAGAAAUCUUAACUCCUGAAAUUAAUAAGGGUUUGAGAAAUGACUUGAAAGCUGCUAUGGAUAAGAUAGACCAGCAGUAUUUAAAUGAGAUUGUCGCCGGUCAGGAGCAAGGUGAAGAGGAGGGACAGAAUGACUUGAAAGUUCAUGAAGAAAACACAACAAUUGAGGAAUUGGAGGCCUUGGGCGAGUCCUUGGGACAGGGUGAUGACUAUAAAGAUAUGGAUACAAUAACCAAAGUUCUAAGGUUUCUUCUUGAUGUUUGGGCAAAAGACCUGAAUGCCAGGGAGGAUUAUUUAAAGUGCAGUGUACAGGGUAAACUUGCUGGAGCCACCCACAAGCAGACUGAAUCCUACUUAAAACCCCUCUUCAGGAAACUUCGGAAAAAGACCUUGUCUCAGGACAUCAAAGAGUCCAUAACUGAUAUUAUCAAAUUCAUGUUACAAAGAGAAUAUGUUAAGGCAAAUGACGCUUACCUUCAGAUGGCCAUUGGCAAUGCUCCAUGGCCUAUUGGAGUGACCAUGGUUGGUAUCCAUGCACGUACAGGUCGUGAAAAGAUCUUUUCUAAACAUGUGGCACAUGUUUUGAACGAUGAAACACAACGAAAAUACAUUCAGGGGUUGAAGAGGUUGAUGACCAUCUGCCAAAAGCAUUUUUCAACAGACCCGUCAAAGUGUGUUGAGUACAAUGCACUCUAACCAGCUAGCUUUUGAAUGGAACAUUUUCUAUAUUAUUCCUGGACAGGACUGUAAGAAUCAGACCUAUCGGGAACUGUAAAGAAGAAUAUGUGUGUCUGUGCAAGUAUUUUACACAUCAAUGAGAUUUUCUUCUUCAGAAAAGCACCAAGCACUAAAGCUGCAUGACCCCCACAGUUGUGUUUGUUUAGUAUUAAAUAACUUAUAAGCAUCUGCAUCCAAUUGCCUUUAAUUACUCUUCUGGUAAUUCAAACCCAUUUUUUGAGAAUUAAGUCUUGCGAACAGAACUAUGCUGACACAGUCUUUUGGAAAAUACUUUGAAUUCAGGAUUAUAUUUACAUAACACUUUUUUAGAAAAAGAUAUAUAGUUAUUAAAUAUUUUCCAUCGUUGCUCUGUUGGUUUUGACUGAAUCACCUGUAAAUUAUUGAAAUCCGAGUUGUGAGCUAAAUGUUGUUUCAGCUAUUUCUCAUUCUAAUGCUUUCAGGCCAUGAAUCCCUGGAAAUUGCAUCAUGUGUUUUGCCCAGAUACUUGUCAUUCUCAUGUGACCAGCAAACGGUUACAUUUUCUUUGGCAGUUGAAGCCACUAACGACCUGCAGUUGCUGUGCAUCAGUGUUGUCUGCUAGUCCAUGUUACAAUGAAAUAGAUUUUGAUGCAGACUGUCCACUUUAAGUGUAAAUUAGCAUUUUUAGAAAUGCUUAAAAGUUGCUGGUGUUCCAAAUUAUCCUGAAUGUCUAUCUUGGAUGCUAUAAUGUAAAUCUUUUUGUUCUUUCCAUUUACAAAACUUUUCUUCUCCUUAUGUUGCUGAACUAUUUUGUUGGCAGUUCCAGAGCAGUUUUGGUUUUGUAAAAAUACUGGCCUGCAUCUGAAUGAAAACUGGUGCUGUAAAUAUUCUCCAAAGUAUCUGCUUCUGAUGUCUCAUGUGAGCACUGUAUAUAGCUCAAAUUUUUUGACUUGUGAUAAAGGCUCUUGUUA